AUCUUUUUAUGGUAAUAGUUUUAAAGGACACAUUGGAAAAAAGAGGUGCUCUUGGACAAAUAAAAGCAAGGAUCAGAGCUGAAGUUUUUAAUGCACUGGAUGACCGAAGCGAACUACGUCCACCGCUGUCUCGUGAAAAUCUUUUAAUCAACGAACUAAUUCGUGAAUACCUGGAAUAUAACAAAUAUAAUUACGCAGCGUCUGUUUUAACUGCAGAGUCUGGUCAGCCUGAAGUGCCCUUGGAUAGACAGUUUCUUGCCAAAGAGCUGAACAUAGUUGAAGACACAAAUGGAAAAUCAGUACCUCUCUUGUAUGGAAUUCUCUCUCAUUUCUUACAUGAUGGCAAAGAAGAAAGUACCCAGAAUACCCUCCCCAAAGUGUCUUUGCUGAAUUAUCCAAAGCAGAACCUUGGCAAACCACCUACUGAGAGAAGUCAAAAAGAUAGAAUUCCAGACCCAGGAAGGACAGCUGGCACAAGCAUCGAAGAGGCCCUUGUUAUACGAAGUAUAAACAGAUGA